AUGAGCUGUGCCCCCCUGGGGUGGGAAUCUGACUGCCUCUGCUAUGUGGACCACUGUCUACACAAGCCCAUGUAAAACUUCACCAGCAUCUUUUUCUUCCUGGAGAUCUGACACACCAUGGCCACCAUCGACCACCAUCCCCAAGAUGCUCACACGCCUGGUCAGGGAGCAGAGAGCCUCUCCUUUCUCGGCUUCUCCCCAGGUGAAAUGGACUUCUUCCACUCAUUGGGAAACUCAGAGGGGGUCUUGCUGACUACGAUGGCCACGGACAAGUACAUGACCUUCUUGGCACUACCCAGCCAUCACGACCCGACGACUCUGGCCCAUCUCUCUGCCAGAUCCUGUGUCUUAGUGCUGCUCCCUGAGUCGUGGCUCUCCAUGCUGCCCUUCUGUGACCUCUGCCAGAUCCACCAGCUAUUCUGUGACUUUGAGCCUUUGACCUGCACAGACAUGUCCACGAUGCUGGUGGAAGACAUCAUCCACGCCAUCGCCAUCAACUUCUCGGUGCUGGUCAUAGCCAUUGGCUACAUCAGGGUCGUGGCUGUGAUCCAGAGCAUCCCCUCCACCGACAGCUGCCAGAAGGAUCUCCAUCCUGUUCUGUGGCAGUGA